AUGAUUUUAUCUCGAUCUAAGCCUGCAAUACAAAACACUAAUAAAGAUGGGAAAUCAGGUUCUGCCAAGAAGUCUGUUCUCAAAAUGGAGGAAUUUAUUGAGAAACGGGACUAUACGGGAGCCAUGGCAAUACUUGAGUUCAAUCGAGCCUCUGGGAAGGGUGGAGAGGAUGUGGAUAUGUGGUUAGGCUACUGCGCCUUUCAUCUGGGGGACUACAAGCGCGCAAUGCUUGAGUUCGAAGCAGUGACUCACUCUAAAAAUCCGAAUAAGUUAGUAUGGAUCAACUUGGCCUGUUGCUACUUCUACCUGGGUAUGUAUUCAGAUUCUGAAAAAGCUGCAGAGAAGGCCGAAAAGUCCAGGCUUAGAACCAGGUUACAGUUUCAUCUGGCGCAUAAGUUUGGAGAUGAGAAGAAGUUGAUGCAGUUUCAUCAACAGCUGGAGGACGUUAUAGAGGAUCAGCUUUCCUUGGCCUCCAUACAUUAUUUAAGGUCCCACUAUCAAGAGGCCAUUGAUAUUUACAAAAGAAUUCUGCUGGAUAACCGUGACUAUCUGGCCCUGAAUGUUUACGUUGCAUUAUGUUAUUACAAGCUGGAUUACUACGAUGUAUCCCAAGAAGUGCUGGCCGUAUAUUUACAGCACUAUCCUGACUCCGCUAUAGCCAUUAACCUGAAGGCCUGCAAUCAUUUCCGACUGUACAAUGGCAAGGCGGCAGAACAGGAGCUAAAAACCCUUCAAGAUCAAACUACAUCAACAUUUACCUUCGGACAUGAUCUUUUUAAACACAAUUUGGUCGUUUUCCGAGGAGGGGAAGGAGCCUUACAGAUCCUGCCACCUCAAGUAGAUGUGAUUCCAGAAGCUCGACUCAACCUUGUGAUUUACUACCUUAAACAGGAUGAUGUAAAUGAAGCGUAUAAUCUAAUAAAAGAUCUUGAACCAACCGUCCCCCAAGAGUAUAUUCUUAAGGGCGUGGUAAAUGCCGCUGUUGGACAAGAAAAUGGAAGCCGAGAACAUCUGAAGAUUGCUCAGCAAUAUUUCCAGCUUGUUGGAGGCAGUGCUUCAGAAUGUGAUACUAUACCUGGAAGACAAUGCAUGGCCGCUUGCUUCUUCCUUCUCAAACAGUUUGAUGACGUUCUCCUAUAUCUAAACAGCAUUAAAUCCUACUAUUAUAACGAUGAUACUUUUAACUUCAACUAUGGACAAGCUAAAGCAGCAGUGGGAAACUACCAGGAGGCUGAAGAAAUAUUCCUAAAUAUUAGUUCUGAAAAGUUGAAGCAAGAUUACGCAUAUUUAUCUUGGUUAGCUCGCUGCUAUAUUAUGAAUGGUAAGGGUAGACUAGCCUGGGAGCUGUACUUGAAAAUGGAAACUUCUGGAGAAUCAUUUUCCCUCCUACAGCUGAUUGCAAACGAUUGCUAUAAAAUGGGACAAUUCUACUACGCUGCUAAGGCUUUUGAUAUGCUUGAACGGUUGGACCCUAACCCUGAAUACUGGGAGGGGAAACGAGGAGCAUGUGUAGGAGUUUUUCAGAUGAUUAUUGCAGAUCGAGAGGAUCGUCAAGCUUUGGCGGAUGUCAUUCAGAUUCUGAGAAACACAUCAAACCCUCAAGUUGAAAAUAUAAUCAAAGUGAUGAAGAAAUGGGCCAAAGAUAACAGGGUGCCUAUCUAACAUCAAAAUUAACAAAAAAAUAUUUGUUGCACAAAAAAAUAUUUACAACUAAGUAGAAAGCGCUCGUAUGUAAUUUGAUCUCCUUAUGAAAUAAAAAAGUGUAUUUUAA